CCCGCAAAUACCCCAGAAACCUGCCACGUCAACAAACACCAGGGCUACUAUCGACAAUUCAGCAACGCAGCCGCAGCUUCUCGAGCCCGUCUUGAACUGAAAGCCAAGCCACUCCACGCCCGAACGCCAGCUCCGUCCCCCUGCCUACACUCUCUUCCCCCAAAUCCGCCAACUCGAUUAUAAUUACAAAAACGCUAAAAAAACAUAAAUCAAUUGUCAGAAAAAAUUCGGAUGAAUCAGAUUUUUUGAAAAUUUUUGAUUCGAUUGAUUAAAGGAAAAAAGGAGAAGCUUUUUGUGGUUUUUGAUGCUGAUAAGAGAUGCCGCCGAAGCAACCCUCAAAAGCAGAGUUAGCGAAGAAGCAGAAGAUCGUAGAGGACAAGACCUUCGGUCUCAAAAACAAGAAUAAAAGCAAAAAUGUCCAAAAGUACGUCCAAAAUCUUAAGCAAUCCGUUCAACCCAAACCCGACGCGAGUAAAGUAGCUCAAAAGAAAAAGAAAGAGGAAGAGAAGGCCAAAGAUAAGGAGCUGAAUGACUUGUUCAAGAUUGCUGUUACUCAGCCCAAAGUGCCUGUUGGUGUUGAUCCCAAGUCGAUACUAUGUGAAUUCUAUAAAGUGGGACAGUGUGCCAAAGGUUUUAAAUGUAAGUUCUCACAUGACCUGAAUGUUCAGAGGAAAGGCGAGAAGAUUGACAUUUACAGUGAUAAGCGCGACCAAGAAACAAUGGAGGACUGGGAUCAAGAAACUUUGGAGAAGGUUGUGGAGUCAAAGACAAAGGAAUAUAAUCAGAAUAAGCCUACUGAUAUUGUUUGUAAAUAUUUCUUGGAAGCAGUAGAGAAGAAACAAUAUGGCUGGUUUUGGGAAUGCCCAAAUGGUGGUAAAGAUUGUCACUACAGGCAUGCUCUUCCCCCUGGAUAUGUUCUAAAGUCUCAGAUGAAGGCUCUGAUUGAGGAAGAGCAAGAAAAAACACCAAUUGAGGAUGAAAUUGAGAAUCAGCGUGCUAAAUUAAAGACUUCAACUCCUAUGACUCCUGAGUUAUUUAUGGAAUGGAAGAAGAAAAAGAUAGCAGAAAGAGAUGAAAGUUUGGCCGCACAGAAGGCAGAAAGGGCUAAGAGUGACCGCAUGAGUGGCCGUGAACUGUUUAUGUUAGAUGCUAGUUUAUUCGUGGAUGAUGCUGAGGCAUAUGAGAAAUACCAAAGAGAGGAAGAAUCUGAUGUUCGCGGAAAUAAGGCCAAUCCUGAUUCAGCUGCUGAUGAACCAAGUACCUCAGCGACAUCUGCUGCUGAUGCUGAAGCUCUUCCAGAUGACGAUGAUGAUGAUGAUGAAUUGGACAUGGAUGAACUAAACGAACUAGAAGCUAGCUUGGCAAAAACAUCAAUCCAAAUUCAGGAGCCUAACGCAUAAGCUUAGUUUUUAGAGGCGCAGAGUCUUCAGUCCACAUGCGUUUUAAAAGUGUUGACUCUAUGAUCCUGCUGCAAAUUACUUGUCAUCACGAUUUCACCUGUAGCUUGAGACUGCUGAGCUUCCCGUUAUCCUGGCUGAGUGGCAGCUGUCAUUAUAAUUUUCAAAUUUAAGGUUCACCUAUAAGCUAGUGGUACAUGAGCAUAUGGUGAAAUUGCAAAUUGUAUCGCAUUCCAGAAUGCUGGGUUUCUCUCAAUCUUUGUUGGAAAGAGGAUCAUGAAUAUGGUUGUGGUUUUCUUAUUCUUUUAGGCUUUGAAGCACACAAGGACGAUUCUCUGUUGAUGAAUAAGGUGUAUUAUUUGAACACAAUUUACAGCAAUCUCUAAUGUAUUAUCAAUUUCAUACUGUCA